GACGUUUAUGUAGAUAAUUUUGAGUGAGAAUAAUAAGGCAUCUGAGAAAUACUAUUAAAUUAAUAGAAAAUCUGGUGAAUUCGGAGUUUUUCAACAAAAAUUUUGCAUUUUGGUAUAACAAAUAUUUAUCUAAGCAAGAGCAUAACCAUAAAUUAACAAACACGAAUGCGGUGAAAAACUACAAUAAAUAUUAAUAAAGAUUCUACACCGUCGCUAUUGUAAAAGUGUUCUCACAAUUAGAGUAUAGCUGACGCCAUCGUUAUUGGACAAAUGCCUUACAUUAUCAUACGCGGCAAUUUAGCGUCUUACAGCCAUAAAUAUCCCUGGCGUGUCUUGGUUUCCGGCCUAAAAGCGGAUGAAAUUGAACAGUUGAAUAAAUUUUCAUGUGGCGGUUACAGUGAUGAGACAACAAUAGUUUAUCUGGUGCAUCCAUGUCGAAUUUUAUCAGCGCUUGAGAUUUUAGGUUUCCGUGUGGUCGCUUCCUCCUCAACAUCCGUUAAGCAGGACUACAACGAGUAUAUGUGGACUAUGCGUAAAGAGUUCCACGAACCAGAGCCGCUAGAAACAGAAUCCGUUGUGCGUGAGAACCUUUCGAAUAUAGGACGCGAAGCAGCUGGUUUGGGCAGCUAUCACAAAGUUGACUCGCCUGAAUAAGAAAUUUAAUAAAGUACACAUAAAAUAUGCAUACACAUGUAUCUCUCUAUGUGAUUUCUAACGAAAGCUCGUGACUAGCCUCUGAUCUCCCCGCCACGAGAAAAACAUAUGCAAAAAGUCAAAAGGAGGUGGACUAAAGAGAUUAAACAACAACAAAAAUAACGUUGCACCACGAAAAAGUGCGGGUGCAAAGUUAGAACAAAUCAGUUUCAACAAACGAGUGCAAAAGAAAAUUUUACUAAUUACAUAGUACAACAAUAUCAAAACACUGCUAAUCGUGCAUAGUAGUGAAAGAAAGCAAAAUACUUUAGAAGUAAUUUUGUUGAAAUCAUAAAAAAAGACUUUAGAAGAAAUUAAGUUUUACACUUUUAAAUCCUUCGUUUUUUGUUUUAUUA